AUGUCGCAACCACCGCCGGCCCCAGGCCAUGGCGCGGGAGCUCAGCCGCCGCCAGCUGGAGCAGCAGCACCCCGCCCGCCUCAGCCCUACGCCCAGCAGCCUGCGCCAGCCAAACCAGGACCACCAGCAGCAGCACACUCGCCCGCACCUCCUCAGCCCCAACAGCCCCAGCAGCAGACGCAGCAGCAGCAAGCCUCGUUCCGCCCGCUCAACGUCCGCGAUGCCCUCCACUACCUCGAUCGCGUCAAGCAGCAGUUCGCCAACGAGUACGAGGUCUACGACCAGUUCCUGACGAUUAUGAAGGACUUCAAGACGCAGAACAUCGACACGCCGGGCGUCAUCGACCGCGUCUCGAACCUGUUCCGCGACCACCCGUCUUUGAUCCAGGGCUUCAACACGUUCCUCCCGCCGGGCUACCGCAUCGAGUGCCACGUCGCGCCCGGCUCGACCGGCGGCGCCGCCGGGUCCAAGACCAACACGAUCACGGUCACGACCCCGAUGGGCAUCACGACGCGCACCCAGAACGUGUCGAGCUCGACGCCCCUCUCGACCGGCGCCGCACCCUCGCCUGCCGGUGCAGCUCCCUCGCCGUCGGCUCCUGCCGCCGCGAGUCUCCCGCCGCGCUCGGCCGCCGCACCCGCACCCGCAUCCACCGCCGCCGCCCCUGCGCCAGCCGGCUCGAGCCUCCCUCCCGCUCGCCUUCCUCCCCUCCCGCACGUCCGCACCGCCCAGCCACCGCGGCCCAUCUCGCCCCCGGCCCCGAUCCCGCCCUUUGGCGGCAACCGCACCCUCGCCGCCGACAGCUGGCGCCAGCCACAGCAGCAGCCGGCGGCGUCGGCCAAGUCGCCCGCGCAGGCCCAGGCGCACCCGUCGUACCCGGGCCAGGCGGCGAGGCCGCCGGCUGCGGGCGCGGGCACGGCCAAGGCGUCGCAGCACCCGGCUUACGGGCACGCCCAGCAGCAGCAGCAGCAGGACGUCAAGCCGGCCGUGUCCGGCGAGGGCGGGGCGCACGGCCAGUCGGCGCAGCACUCGCACGCCUCGACGCCGUCGACGCAGCAGCAGCAGCAGCAACCCGCCGCCAUCGCCGCCGCCGCUGCUGCUCAGCCCUCGCCGACGCCCCAGCCGGCCGCCGCCGCCGCCGCCGCCUCGCCAGCUGCGACCGCCGCCGCCGCUCCGGCGCCGCAGAUGGAGUUCAACCACGCGAUCAACUACGUCAACAAGAUCAAGAACCGGUUUUCCAAGGACCCCGAGACGUACAAGACGUUCCUCGAGAUCCUCCAGACGUACCAGAAGGAUCAGCGCCCGAUCCAGGAGGUCUACACGCAGGUGACGGCGCUCUUCAAGGAGGCGCCCGACCUCCUCGACGAGUUCAAGGCGUUCCUGCCCGACACGACGGGCGCGACCGACCCGGCACCGUCGCCCGCCCUCGCGCACAAGAAGCCGUACGGCAACCCCAAGCUCGGCGCGUUCCCGCCGACCGCCGCCGGCGCCGGCUCGGCGGCGGGCCAGGCCAAGCCGGGCGCGCCGAACGUCGGCGUCGGUACGGCGUCGGGCGCCUCGGCGUCGUCUGCCGCCGGCACCGCCGCGGCGGCAGCCGGUGGAGCGCCCGAGAAGAAGAAGCGCGCGGCGCCGGGCACGAGCGAGAAGGCCAAGGCCAAGCGCGCAAAGAUGCAGCACGUCCAGGGCGUCGAGUCGCCGCCGAUCGGGUCGGCGGCGGCGGCGGGGCAGGGCCCGGGCGGCGUGCAGCAGCAGCAGCUCAAGGCGUCGUCGUCGCAGCAGCAGGUUCAGCAGCAGCAGCAGCAGGUCGAGCAGCCGCCCGUCUCGCCGUACGGCGCGCCUCCCGCAUCGGCCGCUGCGGCUGCCGCCGCCGCCGCCGCGCACAUGGGCCACGCGCACCCGUACGGCGCGCCGCCGCCGGGCUUCCCCGGCGCGCCCCUCAUGCAGUCGGCGUACGACGUCUACCUCGCGCAGCACCGCAACCCGCCCCUGGUCCAGCCCGACGAGUUUGGGUUCUUUGACCGGGUCAAGAAGCACCUCGACGACCGCGACGCCUACACCGAGUUCCUCAAGCUCCUGAACCUGUUCACGCAAGAGAUCAUCGACGUCCAGACGCUCCUGAGCAAGAGCCUCCUCUUUAUCGGCGGCGACGACCACCUCGUGCAGCAGUUCAAGGACCUCGUCGGGUGGGACCCGGUCACGGACGGGCGCGUGCGCGGCGAGGACUGGGUCAUCGACAACGAGCCUGUGCUCGACCGGCCCCGCGUCGAGCUCCACCUCCUCAAGAGCUACGGCCCGAGCUACCGCAAGCUUCCCGACUCGGAGGUCGACCUCGCCUGCUCCGGCCGAGGCCCGCUCGAGUGGUCCGUCCUCAACGACGAGUGGGUCGCGUUCGCCACGUGGGCGUCCGAGGGCUCGGGCGCGCACCGCAAGAACCCGUACGAGGAGGCCCUGUACAACUCGGAGCAGGAGCGCCACUGGUACUCUUACCACCUCGAGUCGAUGGCGCGCACGAUCGCCUACCUCGAGCCCAUCGCGGCGCGCCUCGCCCUCAUGCCCUCGGACGAGCGCGCCGCGUUCAAGCUCGGUGCCGCGAGCGCCGCCGGCGCGCACGACGACGCCGUCCCCGCGGGCGCCGGCAUGAUUGGCGGCACGGCGCCGAGCGUGUACGAGCGCAUCGUGCGCAAGAUCUACGGCAAGGACCACGGGUGGGAGAUCCUCCAGGCGCUCGAGGACAACCCGGCCGUCGCCGUCCCGAUCGUGCUCGCGCGCCUCAAGCAGAAGGACGAGGAGUGGAAGAGGGCCGAGCGCGAGUGGAACAAGGUGUGGCGCGAGGUGGACGCCAAGAACCACUACCGCGCGCUCGACCACCAGGGCAUCCCGUUCAAGGCGAUCGACAAGAAGACGACGACGACGAGCAAGUCGCUCACGGCCGAGAUCGAGUCGCUGCGCCGCGACAAGCAGAUGAAGCGCUACGACGUCCCGGGCCACGCCGUCCCGCAGCACCCGUCGCAGCCCGUCGCCGCCGUCACGCACCCGACCGACGCCGUCGCCGCAUCCCUCCCGCCGCCGCUCCGCCCUCGCCACCAGUUCGAGCUCCACAUGGCCAACCGCGGCGUCCUCUUCGACGUCCUCAAGCUCACCCUGUCGUACCUCGACCGCGACGCAUCGGGCUUCUCGGCCCCCGAGCGCGCCCGCGUCGAGGCCUUCCUGCGCCUGUUCGUCCCGCUCCUGUGGGGCAUCGGGCACGACGCGAUGGAGGCGGCGCUCGGCGCGGCGCAGCACGACGACGCCGACGUCGACGAGGACGAGCUCGAGACCGAGGCGGGCGACGCGACCGACGCCGACGAGAGCGGCGUCGAGAACGCGAGCGAGGCGGGCGGCUCGUCGACGCCUGGACCGGGCUCGGCGACGACGACCGCGACGGCGACGGCGACGGCGGGCAAGAAGGCGGCGCCGCCGACCAAGCGUGGCGGAGCGGCCGACCUCCGCCGUCGCACGCUGCUGCACGCCGCGCUCGCGCAGCGGCAACCCGGCGCCGGCGGCAACGGUGCGGCGACGACCAACGGCCGGGUCGGCGGCGGUGGGCGAGGCGGCUCGCCGGCGACGGACGGCUCGGACGACGACCUCGGUCGGCUCGUCGAGGCGACGUGGAUCUCGCUCGAGGAGACGCGCGAGGACGGGUCGGCGGUCGAGCCGCCGAGCGGCGACGAGGUGCUCGAGCCGAGACGGUACAGCUUCUUCGCCAACUCGACCUUCUACUGCCUGGUCCGCGUCAUGCACCAAAUCUACCACCGCCUCCUCGCGUUCAAGCAGCUCUCGGCCGACCUCGCCGCGUCGUCCGCCAGUGCCCGUCGCCUCAACCCGCUCGGCGUCGAGCUCGGCCUCUCGACGCCUGUCCCCGUCGUCGACACGGGCGACAACCCGGCCGAGCACUACUACGAGCACACGCUCGACCUCGCCGAGAAGCUGUUUGACGGCGACGUCGACCAGCAAACGUACGAGGAGCAGCUGCGAUUCAUGGCCGGCAUCCGCUCGUACCCACUCUUCACCCUCGACAAGCUCGUGUCGACCGUCAUCAAGCACAUCCACACGAUCAACUCGGACAACCGGUGCCAGGACAUUGUCGCCCUGCUCGAGAAGGACCGGCGGCAGCUCGUCACGACGCCUCGGCAGCAGAUCGCGUACCGCAUGGAGGUCGAGUCGGUCCUCAACCCGGACGAGAACCUGUACCGCCUCGAAUGGAUCCCGGACGACGAGGCGCUCACGAUCCAGCUCCUCGGCAAGGAGGACCUCACGCUCGACGACGCGCACCAGUCCGAGGCCAAGCUCCACCAGAGCUGGCUCGCGUCGUUCCAGCUCACGUCGCCGAGCGAGGGCAUCGGUGCGCAGGUCAAGGCGCCUCUGCUCAAGCGCAACCGCGUGCUGUGCGCCGCCGAGGACCCGCAAGAGUUCGACCUGGCGCCCGGCCUGCAGGCCAAGGAGCGCGCGUACCGCCUCCUGUGGGUCAAGGGCAGCGAGGACUACCUGCGCCGACUGCGACCGCCGCCCCCCGCCGCCGCCGCCGCUGCCGCCGAGGACGACGAGGACUCGCCCGCCGAGUCGUCCGAGGCACUUGCGAGGCGGCGGUCCGAGCGGUUCCAGGCGUGGGUCGACGAGCAGCUGUUCCCCGAGCGGCGCGAGGAGCGCCAAGCCGAGUCGGACGAGGACGACGAGGCUGCUGCUCGCGGCGACGAGCUCGAGGGCGACGAGCUCGAGGCAGAGGCGGUCGAGCUCGAGGAAGGCGAGGAGGUGGAGGCGGGCGAAGCGCGAGGCGCGGUUCCGUCCGAGGGUUCGCCGCCGGCAGCGUCGAGCGGCGUCGCGGACGCGGCAGCAGGAGGAGGGGACGGCGACGUCGAGAUGGACGAGACUUGAGUAGACGAGUGUGUCCAGCGUUGCUACAGUUCCGAGUGCGCACGAG